AUGAGUAGACAACUUGAGUUGGCGCUCAUAUCUCUGAUGCCAUCAUAUGGCACUGAUCUUCCACCGUCACUUGUGGAGCUCGCAGGCUCCCUGCUUGCGCAAUCAAGAAAUCAAGCAAGCACCCUCAAGGCCGAAGAGGAAAUUGCCCGCUUGUACGCUUGCGCGCACAUUGCGUGCGAUCGCUUAAAGAUACAGCUUGAUCUACCACCUAUCGAGCCUCGUCCUCCUGUACCACCUAGGAUAUACAAACGACUCUAUGCCCACCUGGACAACAUUUUACCGGCGGUUGCUAGUGGCGCGCGACGCAGCUCAGGCCGUGUUCGCACGCCAGUGGCCAAGUUUGGUGCCGAGGAAAGCACAGCCAGCUCACCAUCGCGACCUCUGCCGUCGCGCGCGACACCAACAAAAGACCAGAGCUUAGGUCAAUUCCGCAAAAAUACAACUCCCAUAGGCAAGAAGGCGGCCGCUGGGACCGAUGGUGAAAGUCAAAGGACAGGUCUGCCACCCUGGGUGGCACCAGUCAUUCGGUUCUUUUGUGUCGAGACUGGAAGCAAAAAGCUAGCACCCACUAUACUAGCAGGCACAGAAUCUAUUUUAUUCCCGGGAGGCCAAAAAAUGGAGGAAGACUGGGCUAAAGGCCAGAUCACAGAGGCGCUGGCUGCUGUCAUAUACCACGUCACAAUACGAUUUCAGUCCAUCACAAACGGGGUCCCCUUUGACAACAACAGCUAUGCUCCCAUUCGGAAAGAAAUCUUGGGCAUCCUCGGCAAGGCACGCAAAGAGGUCGUCUUUGUUGGCGCAGAAGACGCCGGAGCCUGGGACGGUUGGACCAAUGUCAAAGCCAAAGAUUUUGAUGCCAUGGUUGAGGCAGCACAAGCAGCGGAGUGGUUGGAUAGCGAUUGGUACAGAGGGAUCAAUGAGGUGGCUCAGAACAUUGGAGAUGGCAAUGUGAAUACGGAUGAAGGUGAUGAAGGCGCGCAGGAAGGUGCCGUGAGACGUGCCGAUACAAUGUUUCAAGAUCGUUAUGAUUUCCUCAGCGAGACUCGAAGAGCAGACUAUAAAAUCUGGAAGGACACGCAACUGGCGAGGAUUGAGAAGCUAUUGGCUGCACAGGGUUCUAUGGAUAUUGACACGCAGUAA